AUGAAUAUUGUGCAUAGAGACCUUAAGGCUGAAAAUUUAUUAUUAGACUCGAAUAAUGACAUUAAGCUAGCAGAUUUUGGAUUUAGUAAUACAUUUGCCGAAGGGCAACUUUUGUCAACUUGGUGUGGGUCUCCCGCUUAUGCUGCUCCUGAAUUGUUUGAAGGCCAAAAAUAUGAUGGUCCGAAAGCCGAUAUCUGGAGCUUGGGUGUUGUACUGUACGUUCUUGUUUGCGGUGCAUUACCGUUCGGUGGAAAAAAUUUACAAACUUUAAGGUCACAAGUCCUCUCUGGGAAAUUUCGAAUACCAUUCUUUAUGACUGGCGCUUGCGAAAAUUUGAUACGUCAUAUGCUUGUUACCGACGCGGAAAGACGUUAUAGCCUGCCACAAAUCAUUCAGCACGAAUGGAUGAAGCAGUCCGUUCAGCAAAGAUGUUUCGACCACGUUAGUGCCAUAUAUCAUCUUUUAGCUGACAAAUUGGAAGCUAGUAAUAAACCGACGAUAUCUGUACAAAAAAGCGCAGAUAUUGUUCCCAAAAACAAUGAAAACACUAUACUUCAGUCUUUUCUGUCAAUAUCGUCGCUAUCUUCAGAGUACGAAUUUACUGAAGCCAAUUUACUGGAAAAGUUUGGUGAUUCUGAUAUUGGUGAGCCACUUCGUUAUGUCAAUGGACAAGACACCUACCAUGUUACCAAUCGACGUCAUACCGUGGGUCCGGGAGAUACUUCUCAUACUCAG